AUGAGCGAUCGAGGUCUUUUGGAGCAGCUGGACCGUACCACGGAGACGCUGUCUCAUUCACUGACUCAUUUGGUAAAAUAUGCGUCCAUCACCGAAGACAAGGGCGAUGAGGAAGACGAGCAUGGGACGCAAGAGAUACCAGAAUCCACGGUAAGAACCUCCACAGCGGGACUCAUGAUGGUGAAUGCACAGACAGCGCAGCUCAUAAGAGGCGUCCAGGACCUGCUGGUGAUGACUCGUAACAUACGCGAGAAGUGGCUUUUGACGCAGAUUCCAGACGAAAAGAUCGACUCGCAGCGAGAACUGGACUACCAAAAAUGCUCGCAGCUACUGGAACAGUGGACGCAAGAGGUCCUGGGCACGGAUCAAGGAUAG